UGGGGUACAACACAAGACCGUCUCUGCUUGAAAACUGCAUAUCAAUGUUAACCGAGGAACAAUACGCUCCAUCCGAUCAGACACUGACUGAAAAUAACGACGUGAUCUGACGGCGGUGGGAAACCAUAUGGAGGAAGGACAAGGAACUGCUAUGAUUCACUCUCUUGCUGCAGCAAUGAGCAACCAACUCCAAAACACCUCUUCCUUGAACUCGGUAACCUUGAGUUUUCAAGAUGGAAGGAACUCCUCGCCCGUUCAGACCUCCGAGCUUCAACCGAUUGUAGUCAACCCCUGGGACAUAGCACUGUGCAUGACGGGAACCCUGAUCUCCUGCGAAAACGCAAUUGUAAUCGCCAUCAUUUUUUACACGCCCAUCCUGAGAGCGCCUAUGUUCAUCCUCAUAGGAAGUCUUGCCUUUGCAGACUUACUGGCUGGGCUCGGUCUCAUACUGAACUUCAUCUUCACCUACAUGAUCAGCACGGAAUUCGUAAAUUUGAUAUCAGCCGGACUGCUAAUCGCUGCGUUCUCUGCCUCCGUGCUCAACAUCCUGGCGAUCACAGUGGACAGGUACCUCUCUCUUUACAACGCGCUGACCUACCAUACAGAGAGAACUGUAACAUUCACCUACGUCAUCGUGGUCCUCAUCUGGCUGGUUUGCGUCGCACUUGGCGUGAUGCCAGUUUUGGGAUGGAACUGUCUGCAAGACGAGUCCACCUGCAGCAUAUGUCGACCAGUGACUAAAAACAAUGCCGCCCUGCUGGCGAUAACCUUUUUACUAAUAUUUGCCCUCAUGAUGCAGCUUUACUUGCAGAUCUGCAGGAUAGCUUUCAGGCACGCGCAACAGAUCGCGGUGCAGCAUCAAUUUAUGGCCACCUCCCACGCCUCUUCUACCACCAAAGGUGUCUCCACCCUCUCCGUCAUUCUCGGCAUCUUCGCGCUGUGCUGGAUACCCUUCGCGAUGUACUCCCUCGUGGCUGACUCUAGAUAUCCCAUGGUCUACACAUAUGUUACUGUUCUACCGGCGACUUGGAGCUCAGUCAUCAAUCCUAUAAUUUAUGCCUUCAGAAACCCCGACAUCCAGAAAUCCCUGUGGCUCGCGUGCUGCGGAUGUUUUCCCUCCAGCUUCUCCUUGCGGCCAAGGACGUCAAGUGACGUGUAGCUACAGUUUUUCCACAUAGUAUGGUUCGUAUUUUUCAUAUCUAGGUUACUCCAUAAGUUUCUUUUUGUUUUUUUGGAAAUUAUUCAAGCUCUCGGGAAUGUGUGAACUAUGCAUUGUCAUAGUGAGGUCAACAAAACAGGAGAUACGGGCCUAUAUCCACAUGUGUUCCAGUGGUAACCCCUCUAAUGCAUGUUCUCCUCGUGUUCGCGUGGGUUUCCUCCGGGUACUCCGGUUUCCUCCCACACCGAAAAACAUGCAUGUUGGGUGUACUCCUGCCAUUGCCCUUGACCAAGGCACUGGCCUCAGAACUGGAGUUGAUCCCUGGGCGCUGCACUAUGGCUGCCCAGUACUCCUAAGUAACUAGGAUGGGUCAAAUUCAGAGGGCAAAUUGUCCCACGAGGUUCAGUAAAGUCUGUCUGUCUAUCUAUCGAUCUUUCUAUCUGUCAAUCUGUCCGUCUGUCUGUUUCUGCCUGUCUGUCUGUCUGUUUGUCUAUUUCUAGUACAGAGGGGAAAGCCCAUUCCUAGUAUAUUUGAACAUAAUAUGUAUUCAUUAAGAGCUAUGCAGUGUUCAUUUCUUUUUAACUCCCGGUUAAUUGUAUAGCGGAAACGGAAAUCUGUUCUCUGUUGUGGUAGGAGUCGCUUUUGAAAGUGGGUUUCAAAAGUGUAACCCAGAACCGCUGAGGUAAAUAAAACCUAAUGAUUCCAAUAGCUCAUCAUACCAUACUGCCCAGUAUUGAAGUUGACAUACGCUAAAAUAAUGCCGAAUAGCCUAAUGUUUUUAUUUUUAUUUUUUUUAUUUUUUUAUUACUGUGAUGUCGAUGUAGCUGUCACUAGGAAGCGGACUGCCUGUGUUUACAUUGCAAUGUAGGUUCCUCUGUUUCAUUUUCAUAUCUACUUUACAGCGCAUAUUGCUAUAAUAACAAUGAAAUAUGAUGAAAACCUAUGUCGCAUUGCUUAUACAUUCAGCUGAAGACUUUUCACUGAACUUAAUAGGCCUCUUUAAUGGAAAAUAAUAGAUAUAUUCGCUUUAAAGACCCAUGACCCGUGACCAAAAUAUGCAUUUAAAUACUUCAAGCCAAUGGGAAAAUAAUUUGAUAAUGGCAAAUGACACCCCAUAAGGGCAAUGUAUAAUUCAACUACGAUUGAAAUAUAAUCAUCCGUAGAGCCGCUGUUUACAUAACCAUCGUAAUACUGCCUGUUUGAAUGAAAUGCUAUAACACCAGUCAAAAUAUCACAACUGGAAUACAGGGUUUUUCAGCCAGCAAUGUUUGUGAUAAGUAGGCCAUACAAUUCAAUCCGCCAAGUUUUUUCAGCACCACGGAUAGCGGACAGCGAGUUUAGCCUGCCUCGGGUUCCCAAAGAUAGACGUGCCCACUCUAGUACUUAACUGUACACGAAUAAUACAUGAGAUAGGAAAACAAAUAUUCUAUUUUGCAUAAAUGAACACGCUUCCUGGGGAAAUACUGACAGCCAGGAGUUUCAGCCAAAUUUAUUUUUACGGUGAGCGCGCUCAGACGUCAUUCCAUUGAGACAUGUAUAGUUAUGGAGUACGAAUCAUGCUAGGCAGGCUCGCAUUACACUGUAUAUCUUUCGCUGCAAUGUGUGUGACUGAUACGUGAAUAGUAGCUUGUAGGUUAUUAAUUUUUCAUACAGAAACUAAAUCGUAUCAAGAGAACCGUUUACAAUUUACAAUACAAGAGCGAACAUGUCUCGACAACCUAAUCUUAUUUAAUGUACGAUUCUUCCUUAAAUAGUGGAUGACCCGAGGAAAUGUCCUCCUAUUUUGCGAAAAGUGGCAAUAAAUUCGCGUUUUUAAUGCAAUUUGAAAGAGGGAGGUCAAGUCAGUAUGGCUUAUGGUCCGCACAACACUCUAGGAACAACUUUAUUACUUAAUUGUUUUUUGUUGUUGUUUUUUUUGGUCAAUUGUGUUAAAUAUUUAAAGAGAGGGUGGUAUGAAGUGACAUCACAAUCCAAUAGAAUGUACUAGAAAUCAUUUAAUUAGUUCACAGCCCGCAUUUCCCACAUUUUUUCAUAUCCCUCAGAUUCACCUCACUUCAUGGCUCCUAGCGGUUUAAAUCACUCCACUGUGGUUUAAAUUACAAGUAUUAGUGUACAUGCGCUUAUCAAACUGGCAGAGAGAAAAACUAAACAACAGGACAGAUCUUUUGUGCAGGCCUUAAUUUUUUCAGUAAUUGUUUUUAUAAAAGGUCCCCUGCAAUAUAGCUAAAAGUCUGGACAAUAUCGAGCAUCUACGUGCUAGCUAGUAUAUGUGAACAGCCUAGGCCUACUGUACACUGUUGACACUAGCACCCACAUUGCCCUAUAUUUCAUUCAUUAUGGGACAUAUUCUGCAAAAUGUAUCAAGUGUACUGUAAUCCAUUGACAAAUUAACAGCAUUUCCUCGGUCACUGCUUCCACCCAAAUAUUUAGAGUUUUUAUGUGAUCAUCACAAAUGUGGUUCAUUUGAUAUAUUUUAUGAAAGCAUUCAUCCCCCCCACCCCCCCUCCCCCCCAUGGACCUAUUGAUUUUAAGAGAAUGUUUAUUUUU